CUUCGAUUUUUAAAAGCUUCAUCAAACACCAGUAGCAUAAUUUUUGCAUGGAAUUUUAUUGCUCUGAAGAUGAAUCAGAGUUAUUUUUUUCUGCUCGUACUCGUUUCAUAUGCACAUGGUCAGUCACUGACCUCCUCUGGCUCUGAGGUAAAGAAACCCGGAGAAUCAGUCACGCUGUCUUGUGUGGUUUCUGGACUCUCCCUUAGCUGGUUGCACUGGAUCCGUCAGAAACCAGGGAAAGGUCUGGAGUGGAUUGGGCGUAUUGACAGUGGAACUGGCACUAUUUUUGCUCAGUCUCUACAAGGCCAAUUUUCCAUCACAAAAGACACCAGCAAAAACAUGGUUUACUUGGAGAUAAAAAGUCUGAAAACUGAAGACACAGCCAUUUACUAUUGUGCACGAGAGUCACAAUCACACUGUGAUGCUUUUGACUACUGGGGUAAAGGCACACAAGUGAUCGUCACAAAUGAAGUUCCCAAAGCACCGAAUGUGUUUAUGAUGUCUCCGUGUGAAUCCUCAUCUGGUUCUUUACUUGUUGGCUGUUUGGCCACUGGAUUUGCUCCUACUGAAUCUGUCAAUUUCAAAUGGAUGGAUCAGCGUGGAAACUCUUUGACUAAUUUCAUCCAGUACCCUACAGUAGGAACUGGAAACAAGAUGAUGAAAGUCAGCCAUAUAACUAUUAAUGAAACAGAAUGGAAUCAAAGUGAAAUUAUCUGUGAGGCAAGACACCCAUCAAAUAAUGUCAAAGAAAAAUUCAUAACAGUGAAACCACAAGACCCAACCCUAAGCUUGGUUCUUGUAACAACCCAAAAAAGUACAUCUGUCAUGUGUGUCAUUGAGGAUUUCUAUCCCAAGAAGAUCGAUGUACAAUGGAAGGUGAAUAAUAUUAACAGCAUGAGCCAGGUAAAACUGGAACACAAACUGAAUGAUACAGGUCAUUACACAGCAUACAGUUUUUAUGAAGUCAGCAGUGAGAAUUGGGAUGUGAAUACUCAGUACACAUGUGAGGUCACACACCGGGGAAAACUGUUCACUAUGAAGGCAAACUUCAACGCUAAAUUUGCACUGACACUGAAGCCACCAAUUCAGAAAGAAAUAUUUGUAAAUAAUAAAGUUGUCUUGGAAGCUGUUGUUUCUGGAGAUAUAAAAGAAACAGUGGAAAAAGCUUCAGUGUCAUGCUCAAUGAAAGAAGCUAGAAUUGAUGUGAGUCCAGGAACAGUUCAUUUUUCUAAUGACAUUUCACAGUCUAUAAAAAUACACAAAGUCACUGUUGACACAGAGAAAUGGUUUGAUGGUGAAGUGGUCACCUGUACCAUCCAUGACACAAAUAAUAACAGGGGCAUCACGCAGAAGAUCAGUUUUGAUAAAGGAGAUGGAGUAAAACCCAAUGUUACCAUUUACAAACCCGACGGUAACCUCACAAAGCAUGUCUCUCAUGUGUGUGAGGUCACCAGCCGUAAACUCGGUGAUGUCUAUGUAAUGUGGAAAUUGGGUGAUGAGUCUUACAGAGAGGUUAGAACCUUUGCUCCCAUCCAUCAAAAUGGCUUCACGUCUGUUUUCAACAUCCUAACAAUGUCAAGAAAAGAGUAUGAAAAUCCCAGCACCACCAUCACCUGUGCAGUCAUUCAUGCCAACAUGGACAAUAGAAGUUCUCCAUUACAAGUGUCAACAAGCAAAAGUGAGUCACCUGAGCCAGAGACAGGCUUUGCUCUGGACUGCAAUAAAGAUGUUCUUGAGGAGGAUGAGUUCAGAAGUCUCUGGUCCACUGCCACCUCAUUCAUCUUCCUCUUCCUCUUCUCUCUGACCUACAGCGCUGUGCUCAGCUUCUUCAAGGUGAAGCAGUGAUGAUUUGUUUAAAAAAACCUGUGAAGACUCCAAGGUGUCUUAUUUGUUUUGUAACUGUAAUUAAAUGCUACUCUAAUCUAUUUUCAAAUCAAAAAGGAAAACAAUUAUGUAAUAUUUCUCCCUCUCUCUCCUUUGCUCUGUCUGUUCCUGUCUUUCUGUAAGUUUGUGUGAAAAUCAUUUAGGCUCACUGAGAUGGUGAAACUACAUAAUUUGCCUCUGUGCACACAUUCUUGAUGACACUGAGAAAUAUGCACUGUGUGUUCACACUCAUCAAUAAAGUCUUAUGUCAAAUCAUCUAGAUUUUACUCCUGUGAAUAUUAUAUCAGCCGCUUACUACAUUAUCACUACAGUAGAUGUUACUAUGAUAUUAGUAGAGCUCUGUCAGAACAUACAAAACUGUGAAAAUAUGAGCUAUAAAGAUAUACAGUCCUGACCUCAGUCUUGAUGUGUGUGCUGCUUAUCUAAAAGCA